GGAGCCGGCCGCCGCUCCGCUCCGAUCGCUGGGGGGCGGGGUUUGUUGGGGGUGGGGGGGCGGGGGGGCUCAGAUAUGGAGGCAAAUGGGAGCCAAGGCACCUCGGGCAGCGCCAACGACUCCCAGCACGACCCCGGUAAAAUGUUUAUCGGUGGACUGAGCUGGCAGACCUCACCAGAUAGCCUUAGAGACUAUUUUAGCAAAUUUGGAGAAAUUAGAGAAUGUAUGGUCAUGAGAGAUCCCACUACGAAACGCUCCAGAGGCUUCGGUUUCGUCACGUUCGCAGACCCAGCAAGUGUAGAUAAAGUAUUAGGUCAGCCCCACCACGAGUUAGAUUCCAAGACGAUUGACCCCAAAGUUGCAUUUCCUCGUCGAGCGCAACCCAAGACGCCAGGGGCACCCCUUCCCCAGCCGUGACACCUAACCGUGUCUCCAGACAUUGUCAGAUGUCUCCUGGCGGACACAGUCACCUUUGGUUGCGAAUCACUGAUCUAGCCCCGCAGGUGGCUUCUGUGCAGGAAGAACGGGAAAGGUUUGUAUGCAAUUCUGAGGGUCUUUGGGUUUGAACCUGCACCAUGAAAUAUUCAUGGAAUUCAAGAGCAGGAAGGCACUCAGGCACGUGACCUGGGCCAGGCCAUGACCCGGGCAGUCCUCUCUGCGGUCAAGUGAAAAGGCAGAGAGAGGGAGGCUCCCCCAGGCCAGCCUCUCUGUGGAGCUUUUCUCGGAGACCUUUUUUUAAAAAAUUUAUAUAUUUAUUUAUUUAUUUAUUUAUUUUGGGCUGUGUUGGGUCUUCGUUUCUGUGCGAGGGCUUUCUCUAGUUGUGGCGAGCGGGGGCCGCUCUUCAUCGGGGCACGCGGGCCUCUCACUAUCGCGGCCUCUCCCGUUGCGGAGCACAGGCUCCAGACGCGCAGGCUCAGCAGCUGUGGCUCACGGGCCCAGUUGCUCCGCAGCAUGUGGGAUCCUCCCAGACCAGGGCUCGAACCCGUGUCCCCUGCAUUGGCAGGUGGAUUCUCAACCACUGCGCCACCAGGGAAGCCCCGCGGAGGCCUUCUUUGCAGAGGGACUUUGUGCUCGGGCUCCCGGCAGUCCCGCGUUUCGGGCCUCCAGGAGUUUGGUUACAAGCUUGUGAGUAGGAUCUGCCUUCUCAUCCUCUGCACAUGCACAUUCAUCACUCCGGAGUGGGCCCCACUGCAUGCACAAAAUGGACUUAUACUUGAAAUGAAUUCAUUAAAAAAAAAAAAAAAAGGUUCUCUUGCUAGGACUCCGCUGUUCUCUCUUUUCCCCUUUUAUUCUUCUCUGUCGUCUGUAAGAUGAGCCCUUAAGAGGGUGUCUGGUGAGAUUGGUUGGCCAGGGAUCUUACUAGGCCCUGAUUAAAGGCAGAUGAUCAAAUGGAAGUUGAAUGUUGCUGCCGUGCUUGUAAACAAGUCAGUUGUGUGCCAUAGAAUCCAUCACAGUUCCCUUGGUGAGAAGGAGGAGGGCC